AUGGCCGGCCAACAACCCGUGUUCGUUGUGAAUGCAGCGCCUGAGCGACAGUCUGGGCACAAGGCGCAGAUGUCCAACAUUAGCGCGGCCAAGACGGUCGCGGAUGUGAUCCGCACAUGUCUCGGCCCCCGCGCAAUGCUCAAGAUGAUCCUCGACCCGAUGGGUGGCAUCUUGCUGACAAACGAUGGCCACGCCAUCCUGCGCGAGAUUGAAGUGGCGCACCCUGCGGCGAAGAGCAUGAUUGAUUUGAGUCGCACGCAGGAUGAAGAGGUGGGCGACGGGACGACGAGUGUGAUUAUCCUCGCCGGAGAGGUGCUCGCGCAUUCCUUGCCGCUGUUGGAGCGUGGAAUGCACCCCGUGGUGAUCAUCUCGGCGUUCAAAAAAGCACUCGCACGCGCACUGCAGAUUAUCGAGUCCAUCUCGGUCCCUGUCAACGUAGACGAUGACGUGGAGAUGCUCGCGCUGAUCCGCACCGCGAUCGGCACCAAGUUCGUGCAGCGCUGGUCGGACCUCAUGUGCCGUCUGGCGCUCAAAGCUGUGCGCACUGUUGCAUGCACGGAGAGCGUGGGAAACUCGACUGUCGACAUUAAGCGGUAUGCGCGCGUGGAAAAGAUUCCCGGCGGCGAGAUCGAAGACAGCCGCGUGCUCGACGGUGUGCUGCUCAACAAAGACGUGACGCAUCCCAAGAUGCGCCGCCGGAUUGAGAAUCCUCGCAUCCUUUUGCUCGACUGCUCCCUUGAGUACAAGAAAGGCGAAUCGCAGACGAAUAUUGAAAUCACCCGCGAGGAGGACUGGAGCAAGGUGCUCGAGAUGGAGGAGGCGCAGAUCAAGCAGCUCUCCGACAAGAUCCUCUCGUUUAAGCCCGACCUUGUCAUCACAGAAAAAGGCGUCUCGGACCUUGCGCAGCACUACCUCAUGAAGGCCAACGUUUCGUGCAUUCGCCGCGUGCGCAAGUCGGACAACAAUCGCAUCGCACGCGCCACAGGCGCACAGAUUGUGAACCGCGUCGAGGACUUGCGCGAGAGCGACUUGGGCACUCGCUGCGGCCUGUUCCAGGUAGAAAAGAUCGGGGACGAUUACUUCACCUUUUUGGACAAGUGCAAAGAACCGAAAGCUUGCACCAUUCUCCUGCGCGGCCCGUCCAAAGAUAUUUUAAACGAAAUUGACCGCAACUUGGCCGACGCCAUGUCCGUUGCGCGCAAUAUGGUAUUCAACCCGAUGCUCGUGCCUGGCGGCGGUGCGACGGAAAUGGCCAUCUCGGUUGGCCUCAGUCAAUACGCCGUGCAGAGCCUCGAAGGCGUCCAGGUCAGCGCAGUGCACGCCGUGGCCGAAGCCAUGGAAGUAAUUCCCCGCACGCUUAUCCAGAACUGCGGCGGGAACACAAUCAAGACGCUCACACUGCUGCGCGCAAAACAGGCGAAUGGAGAGCACUCGUACGGCGUCGAUGGCUGCGAAGGCAAGGUCGUGGACAUGAAGCAGUACGGUCUCUAUGAGAGCGCCAGUGUCAAGAUUCAAACGCUCAAGACUGCCAUCGAGUCUGCCUCGCUCCUCCUUCGCGUAGACGAUGUUCUGUCUGCAAAAAGGGCCGCUGAAUCUGCCGGCCAGCCGCAGAGCAUGGCAUCCGCCGGCGAGGAUGCAAUGCCGAGCACGGCGUAG